AUGCGUCUGAGACGAAAACGCUCUCCCACAUCUCGGCCAUCGGAGUCUGCUUCUCAGCCUACCAAACCCACCCAGCCUCUUCCUCGCAAUAAAAAACCUAGUUCUCGGUUUGUCUCGAAGCAACCUAACCCGGGACCGAGCAGGGGAGCAUCACAAAAACCGCAACCUCUGAAUACACCAAAUUUAGUAUCUCCAAAGACCCGCAUGCAUGAAGGAAAGCCCACGUCCUCAUCUACAACAAAUUCGCGCAAGCGUAGGAGAACAGAAUUUCUGGAGUCAGCGCGGAAUAUGGACAUCGAUCUCUCAGGCUCUGAGCAUGGUAGCGAAAACCGGCGCAAGGCAGAUGACGCAAUUGGGCUUCUGACACCGGAGCCUUCACAGAACCAUUCUACCAUGCGGCGCACCGCGAGGAGCAAGAGACCUUCUAUCAAAGUGCGCGCGGCCAUGGACGUCAUGUCCGAGGGGAGGGGCAAGACCGCAAGCCAUGCAGAUGAGGACGAGCGUGGGCAGGAGAUGGAGGUGGAGAUGGACAGCGCAUCCGAGCGGUCAGAGGUGCGCGUGAGCAGGCCGGGCAAGCGGCGUCGUCUGGACGAGUCCCCAGAGCACAUGAAAUCCCGCUCCAGGUCAAGCGUGUCCACACACCUGUCGACCUCCGAUCAGCCACAUGCCUUCUCUGCGCACGAGAAUAGCGACGCGGAGACAGAGGUUUCAUCCGACAUGAGCUUCCACCUAUUGGGCGUGCCGGACGUGGCCGCGGUGCCGCUGUGGUGUGCGGACCUCUCGCCGCCCGCCCGCAAGUCGGUGAGGUCAUCCAACAGCCUCUACGUCCCGCCUGGGGUGUCCGAGCUCAUCGAGGGCAUGAAGCACGCGCUUGACCUGGAGAACAGGGCGCGGCGCAGGGCCGAGGACCGCUACGCGGACGAGGUGCAGAAACGCAUCGAGGCCGAACACGCCGUGGCCCGCCUCGCAGAGCAGAACCGUGCGCUCGAGGCGGAGGCACGCGUAUGGGCGCAGGCCGCGUCGGACGCGUUUGCCCAGAGCCUCUCCCCCCAAUUGUCGCAGGUGGAUCCCUCGCCGGCGCCGCAGCUGGGUGUGAUGCCCUCACAAGCCCUCCAAGCCGCAGACAAUCUUUCUGCGGCUGUGGCUCCUUCUGUGGAUCUGAAAGGCAAGGCGCCGCUUCGCCUUGUUAGUCCUUCGAGUGCAGUUGGCAGCGCGGGAGGCAAUAUCGGCAGCAUGAACAGUAGUCUUGGGCCAUCGAGCGUCAUGCAGAGCGUUGCAGCUCUCUCAGAAGCUACGCCGUACUUCCUCCCUUUGCCUGCCUGA